AUGCCGCGCCCGCAAAUUGACCUUGCUGCCCACCGAGACGAGAUACAGACCCUUUUUGAGAGCGGUGCUACUCAUGAAGCUAUUCAGCAUGCCCUGGCCGCCCGUGAGGUGCACGUGACCCUUAUUACGCUCAGAAGACGACUUGAUUCCUGGGGUUUUCGGAGAUACAGCACCGGACCCGAUAUGCGUGAGAAUGUUAAAACCCUACUACCCCUUAUGCGCCCUCGAGAUGUCCAAAAAGUGCUACCUACGCUUACCGAGCGCACUUUUCGGAGAAUUCGGGCGGAAAUGGGUGUCAAAUUACGCACAGACGACCCUGUUGAGCGUGACCAGCAAAGAGAGGAGUUACAGGCGGUUUUGACCUAUUAUGACCGUACUGGAGAAAUUGAGGGGUACGGACGACGCGCAAUGCAGGUCCACCUCCGUCGUUAUGAGCAAUAUUAUCCAGCUGAUCUAAUCUACGACGUUUACCGAGAAAUCCGCCCUGACGCAGUUUUACGCCGCACAAACGACCUCCAGCGUGGCCGUGGUAGCUAUAGCUGCCCUGGGGCUAAUUUCGUCUGGCAUGUUGAUGGGCAUAUGAAGCUUGAACCUUAUGGAUUCGAGAUUUAUGCUGCUAUUGAUGGAUACUCUCGCAAAAUCAUGUGGAUUUAUACCGGUAUAAGCGCACGCACAGCUGUCGCCCUUCUCGCCAUCUAUAUGCCACUUAUCCGACGACAUGUUUCAGAGUACAUCAAAGAUCAUAAUUCGUUUCCCAUCCGCCCUCAAAAAAAUAGGCUUGGGUGUGUUACCGGUAUUCCACUCGUCAACUACGACUUCCCUCCACCUGGGAAGCAAUACAAGUGCGAAGUGAGCGAGGAAACCUAUCAAAUCCUGUACGAAAAUGUCGCACCAUGGGAUCCUAUAGAAUAUCUUCCACCUGCUACUCUGGCGUGGUGCUCUACACAGCUGAAUGAUAUCAUUCCAGGGGGAUUUGACCCCGAAAAUCCACCUCUCUACCGACCGGGUGAUAACCCCUUACAGCCAUAUCGAUCUGUGUACGAGCAGCUGCGGAUUCGAGCAUUAGACCAUGAAGAUUCUGGUAUGCAGCCGAAAUUCAGCGUUUGUGACAAGCCCUUAGAUGGAUAUAAUUGGCGGAAUUCAGGUGCAGCAGAGGGUGUAACAGCGGAAAGUGGUUGA